AAAUAAGUAUUGACAUUUCACGUUGAAGUGUUGUUUGGAGGUUAUGUGCAUGUUUAUAUUCCUUCUUUUUUAGACUAUUAAAAAUGGAAGUAGACCUGCCUAGUUGCGUCCAAGCUAGACUUAAGUCCGACACUGGUGAAGAGACAGGAAGUCCUUUAGAUCUUCCUCUAAAUAUAACUAGAGAUCAACUACAAUUGAUAUGUAAUGCUCUUUUACAAGAAGAAGACAAGCCAUUCUUAUUUUUUGUCAAAGAUGUAGAAAUAACUAACAGCCUGAAAGAUGCCCUUGAUAUUGAAAGUUUGAACUCUGAAGAAGUUGUUGAAAUCAUAUACCAGCAGCAAGCCGUGUUUAGAGUUAGACCAGUUACCAGAUGCACAAGUUCAAUACCUGGCCACGCAGAAGCAGUGAUAUCAACAAGUUUCAGUCCCUCUGGGAAGCAGCUGGCUAGUGGUUCAGGAGAUACCACUGUAAGAUUUUGGGACCUAAGUACACAAACACCACUGCAUGUAUGUAAAGGUCAUGCCAACUGGGUUCUCUGCAUAAGUUGGUCACCAGAUGGAUUGAAAUUAGCUUCAGCAUGCAAGCAAGGCAGAGUGAUGCUAUGGGAUCCAAGCACUGGCAAUCAAAUUGGAAAAACUAUGAUAGGGCAUAAACAGUGGGUUACAGCACUUAGUUGGGAACCUUACCACAGAAAUCCAGAAUGUAGAAAACUGGCAAGUUCAUCUAAAGAUGGUGAUGUCAGGAUAUGGGAUACAGUUACGUGUCUUACAAUAUUAAGUCUCACUGGACACUCAAAAGCAGUCACUUGUGUUAAAUGGGGUGGCAAUGGUCUUAUCUACACUUCAUCUCAGGAUAGGACAAUUAAGGUGUGGAGAGCUGAUGAUGGAGUACUCUGCAGGACUUUGGAAGGCCAUGCUCACUGGGUGAACACACUGGCGUUGAGCACUGAUUAUGUACUCCGCACUGGGCCUUUCCAUCCAGUCACUGAUCAACAAUUCAAUGUUGAUGACAAAGCUACCCUCCAACAGCGUGCCCUGGAAAGGUAUGAAGCAGUGUGCGGAAAAAGCGAUGAGCGCUUAGUAUCAGGAUCGGACGAUUUUACACUGUUUCUUUGGUUACCUGAGAAGGAGAAACGUCCUUUAGCCCGAAUGACGGGCCACCAACAGCUCAUUAAUGACGUCAAAUUUUCGCCAGAUACAAGAAUUAUAGCAUCAGCAUCAUUUGAUAAAUCUGUGAAGCUAUGGGAUGCGGCCACUGGUAAAUUCAUAACAACACUAAGAGGACAUGUACAAGCAGUGUAUAUGGUGGCAUGGUCAGCUGACUCAAGACUUCUGUUGAGCUCUAGUGCAGACUCUACUUUGAAAGUUUGGAACAUGAAAAUAAAGAAGCUGGAGUUAGAUUUACCUGGACAUGCUGAUGAAGUGUUCGCAGUAGAUUGGUCACCUGAUGGAGCUUAUGUAGCUUCAGGAGGCAAAGAUAAAGUGUUGAAAUUAUGGCAGCACUGAAUAAGGACAACAUUUUCAUUGAAGUACAACUUUAAUAAUAUAAUAAACUUGUUACAAUAUUUUUGAUAAAAUAAACGAGUUUCACUUAA